ACUCGGCCAAACUGUCUUAGAUGUCAAGUGAUUGGCCGACAUUCUACUGAUAGAGUUUGAGCCGACGAGCACUUUUCAAGUGCUGGACAGCUCGAGAAAUUUGGCCGGCCACAGGGCCACCAAAACGUGAUGCGCAACCUUCUUCCCGUUCCUCUAACUUUCGUCGUUGAAAACAAUGAAAAGACUAAAGAGUAUAUUCAUUCACAAAGAUACCUCUCUUCCCAAAGGAUCCGAAUCAGUAAUCACCCUUCCCUCUCUUACCUGGUGGUAGUAAUUCCCAGCAGCAGACGUGGCCAAAGAUAUUCCAGGAGUAACUGAGUAGUGGUGCCGUAUUGGAAUAUCCCUUUUCUUCUCCACCUAGCCAAUAAUACCAUUCCACAUUCGUCUGGUAACAGUGUCCAUCCAAUCUAUGGUCCACAUUCCAGAUUGCGACCUUUCCCCCCACUCGUUUCCCUCUUGGUUUUCCUCCUACAUAAACCCUUUCCCUUUGCUUUUCCUUCUCUUCCAUUCCUCUUCUUCAUACUAUAUUCAUUCCCCUCCAAAAUCGACACACAGAAAGGAAGAGAAGAGGGGGUAAAAUGGCAGCAACAGUAGUGGAGACAUGGGUGAACGAGCUAGCCAAGCUCAAAGCAAAAGUGGUUCGCCUCAAGAAGCCACAGGAUGAUGCAGUAGUAGAAGAAGGAACAGAGAAGCAAGUGAUGAAAGCUGCUAAAGAAAGCAGCAAAGGCUCGAACGUGGUGAUGGUUCAUCGUUCUGAGUCGGACAUAUGCAGUACGAUGUCUGAGGAUACUGUUCGCUUGAUCAUGGACCGCUUUGUGCCCUGGUGACCAUGGCGUUCGGACCUUUUUCCAUUCUCUCCGCAAGUUUUUACUUCAAUGUUGUUGCUUCUGUUUCCUUUGUUAUAUUUGGUGCAGACUAGCUAUACCAGAUGUAUAAAGAUUGUAUAGCAUUAGUUCUUUGGUAAUGUAUAUAUAUCAUAAGGUUUUAGUGUAUUCUGUGAAUUGGAAAUGCUGUCUCUUCCUUGGCUUUUCUAAGAAAGUUUUACUGAAUGG